AUGGCGUCUUCGUUUAUGCAUCAAUUUGCGAAGAAGAAGGAAAUAUUGAAGCGGUCGUCGAAGAAGUAUUUAGAAGAGGCGCUCUACACGAAGCUGCUCAGCGAUGGCGGAGAAGAACGGAAGGUUAGGGCCAAGCUGAAUGAGUUUCUCAAGUCCCGUAAGAGUGCUUUUAAGUGGGAAGUUGGUCACACUCUCAAGAUCCUCCGCAGCCGCAGGCUCUAUGGGCCGGCACUCAAGCUAUCAGAGAUCAUGGAAAAAAGAGGAAUGAACAAAACUGUUAGCGAUCAAGCAAUACAUCUUGAUCUAAUCGCAAAAGCUCGAGGCAUUCCUGCUGCUGAAGCCUACUUCAUCAGCCUGCCUGAGACAUCAAAAAGUCAUCUUACUUAUGGCGCCCUUUUUAAUUGUUACUGCACAGACUCGAUGACUGAAAAGGCAGAAUCUUUGUUUGAGAAGAUGAAAGAACUCAAUUUGGAACUAACUUCCAUGCCGUAUAACAGCCUCAUGAACCUAUACUUAAAAAACGGGGCUCCUCAAAUGAUUCCACCCUUAAUCCAAGAAAUGAAAGCGGCUGAUAUCAUGCCCGACACUUUCACUUACAAUGUAUGGAUGAAGUCUCUUGCUGCUGUGAAUGAUAUAUCGGGAGUUGAAAGAGUUAUUGAUGAAAUGAAGAGAGAUGGCCGAGUCUCUGCAGAUUGGACGACCUACAGUAAUUUGGCAUCCAUUUACGCCAAUGCCGGAUUAUACGAAAAAGCGGAAAAAGCGCUUAAGGAACUGGAAACCAAAAGGCCCCGCAAAGAUUUCUUGGCCUAUCAGUUUCUGAUCACGCUGUACGGUAAAACCGGAAAUCUACUCGAAGUAUACCGUGUUUGGCGUUCGUUGAUGGUGGCUUUUCCGAAAACUGGUAACGUGAGUUAUUUGAAUAUGAUUCAGGUGCUCGUUAACCUGAAUGAUUUGCCGGGUGCAGAGAAAUGUUUCCACGAUUGGUCGAUUAGUUGCUCGACUUACGAUAUCCGUAUUGCAAACGUUCUUAUCGGAGCUUAUCUGAAAGAAGGCUCGUAUAAGAAGGCCGAUAACCUCAAAUAUAUGUCUCAGAAGAGAGGAGCGAAAGCUAAUGCUAAGACUUGGGAGCUUUUUAUUGACUUCCAUCUUAAGAAUGGGCCUAUUAGAGCUGUCGUGAGAUGCAUUGAUAAUGCAAUCUCUGCUGGUAUAGAGAACGGGCGUAAGUGGGUCCCAAAGCCGGAAGUUGUUGAGAAGGUUAUGAAACAUUUUGAGGAAAACAAGGAUGUCGAUGGUGCUGAGGGUUUUCUGGAGGUAUUGAAGAAGGCUGAGGAUGAUUUGGGGCAUACGGUGUUCGAGUCGUUGAUUAGAAUCUAUGCGGCUGCUGAGAAAAAGAGUGCUAUUAUGCGCCGGAGGAUCAAGAUGGAGAAUGUGGAGCUGAGCGACGAAGGUAAAAAAUUAUUGGAUGAAAUAUCUGAGGAAUGA